AGGAGCUGGAAAUUAACGGCGUUGCGGGACGUUUAAGCAGCGAUCCGGGACUGCGGGCUGUUUUAAGAAAAUCGGAACUGUCACGCGAAAAGCGCCAUUGUUGGGCGAAAUGGAGAAUCCAGAGGCUUCCGAUGGGUGACACGCAGGGUGACAAAUGUGCCAUGGCAUCAUCACCGGCACUAAGACAACCAACACCAGGAAAGGAUGUGGGAGCAAAGUAGGGCAUGUAGCCCUUAAAAUUCACACAUCUGGUUUGUCAUGAAUGGCUAAACCAAGAAGUCACCUGAUGUGCUGAUAUCAUGGGAAGCUGCUGCAGUUGCCGAGAUGGUCUCCCAGACAAUCAUCCCACAAAAUUUAAGGUCACCAAUGUGGAUGAUGAGGGAACAGAGUUGGGUUCAGGGGUCAUGGAACUAACACAAACUGAACUUGUCCUUCACACCCGAAAGCGUGAUGCUGUGAGAUGGCCAUACCUCUGUUUACGGCGUUAUGGAUAUGACUCUAACCUCUUUUCCUUUGAAAGUGGGAGAAGGUGCCAGACUGGUCAAGGGAUCUUUGCGUUCAAGUGCUCAAGAGCAGAAGAAAUCUUCAACUUGCUGCAGGAGCUAAUGCAGCGAAACAGCAUCAGUGUUGUGGAAGAGCCUGUAAUUAUUACCAGAACUGGUCACCCUGGGGAGAUGGAUCUAUUGCGUACCCCGCAGGCCCCAGGAGGUUUGGGGUAUACAGGGUUCCCCAAUGGAUUCCAUAGUUUUUCUCAUGAUGGGCCCAACUACCCAUCUGCUCGUCAUCCGUCAAUGGGAACAGUAAGACAUCCUUCUGUUGGGGAGGAGGCAGGUCAUCGCUUGAUGACACCGGAGGAUCAGUCUCACACAUAUGUGAAUACAGCCAGUGGAGGGGAAGAAGAAGUGGGAAGCCGUCAUUGUAUGCAUUCCUUGCCUGAGGCGCAUGCGCCAUACCAUGACCCACCAAGACACAGGCUUGGUCCAAGCUGUUCCAUGGAAGAAAGGAACCCCCAGGUGUAUCUUCAACCAGGAGAAGUAAAGUUUGUUCUGGGACCAGCUCCUGCUUAUAGGCGAAUGCCAAUGAGGGGAGACAGCUUCUGUCAACAUCACAGGGAUUGCCAGGGCCAUAUUUGCAGUGUUGAGAGAGAGCCUUUGCCACUUCAUAACAAUAAUAAUGAGUGUAAAGAUCAGUGGCGCACACAAAAGUGUGCCUAUGAGAACAUCAAUGGCUUAAUGCCACCAGGAAGUAUAGCUCUACGACGGGGGGGCACCAAUAGGGGCCUGAAACUGUCAGCCGAUGGAGUACCCUUUAGCAGCUGCUCUCAUCGGAGGACAGCAAUGCUACAUUAUGAGAAUCUGCCACCACUCCCACCUGUGUGGGAGUGCCAGUCUCUGCACCAGGAUGAAGAGGAGGAGGAUGAUGAAGAGGAGGACUCAGCUGAUGCUAUGACACCUUCACUCAAUAGCUACCAUGAUGAUCCUGUGCAAAACUACAUGAAUGCUGAGAGAACAACAGCAUGUGGAGGUUACCACCACCAUCACCGGCCAGACUGCCAACCCCGGCGUAGCUGCCCAUCGAAUGUGUUUAACUUUGACUUCCGAAGACCACAUAAUGAGCAGAGGCAACUUAACUACAUUCAGGUGGAACUAGAAGGGAAGAAUGAAGGGAAAGCAGGUCCAAUCCCACAGAUCACUUGCACCCUGGCUCCGAAUCACCAAGUCCGCCGUGCUGACUCUUAUGCUGUUAUCGACCUGAAAAAGACAGCAGCCAUGUCUAGCCUGCAGAGAGCACUGCCACGGGAUGAUGGCACCUCAAGAAAAACCAGACACAACAGUACAGACUUGCCUCUGUAACAGCGGUGUAUCCAUUGCUCUCUUUGCCUUUAUCUUUUCAAAAGCCAUCUGUGCUGCUUUAUUUUGGCUUUUCUCUCUUCUUGUGUGCGUGCAUCCUGGUCUUUUGUAUCCCACUACUUCUACGUAUAUAACAUCACUCCUGAGAGAAGUAUUUCUGUUUUUAAGAAUGUUAAAUUUAGCAUCUUGGGCAAUUGGGACGAUGUUUUAGUAAAAACAAAAGCACUCCUUGCUCCAGCGGCGCUGCAAGGACCAGGAAGGCAUUAAAGGUGACUGUAACUUCAUCCAUCUGGAAAUGCUGUUUUGGGUCAAAUCUCAGUGUUUUUAUUUUUUUUAUUUUUACGUAUUUAUUUUUUUACUGUUGCUUUUGUAGACUUGAGACAUUUUCUCAUUUGCUGAUUUAUUUAUUGAUUUAACUUAUUUUUCUAUUUAUUUUUGUAAACAUUCCAUGCCGUUUUGUGCCGUUGGAAUAACACUGCCUAGUCUCGCAAUGCCUGACGGUCGUUACUCUCGACUGAUGUGCAUUACUGGUUAGAUCCUUGUACCUCUUUUGAUGUCAUUUGGACAUUGGCAUGUUACAAACAAUUGAACUGUAAAUACCCAGUUAUUGCAUUUUGCAGUUGUUAUGUAUAGGUGCUAAAAAUAAGAAAAUAUGAACUUUAAAAGAUUAUCUAAAUUAUAUAUCUAUAUAUACACACAAAACAGAAAAACAACCAAUGUAAGAUGUGAAGGACUUAACACAGAUUAUAAGGAAGCCCCAUAUUUUCUGUACUUAUUACUUGAAUUAAAAGUGCCAAAUAUUUCUACCUGUGCCAUGUAAAAAUUUAAUUUAUGUAAUUGUUGUAAUUUGAUUCCCUUUAUACUUUGUGUAUGCUUUACAGUGCUUUAUUAAAAUGUAUGUAACAUACACACAAGAACUGCUGCAAGGUCCAUCUGCAAUGGUGCAGCUCUGCUUUCUUGACUUUACAAGUCUGUGCUGCGUCUUUUGCCUUGUUCUAUAUAUAUAUAUAUAUAUAUAUAUAUAUAUAUAUAUAUAUAUAUAUAUAAUAUAUAUAUAUAUAUAUAUAUAUAUAUAUAUAUAUAUAUAUAUAUAUAAAGUAAGUGCUUCUUGGACACUUCCAGAAGCUUAUACGGCAUUAUACAACAUUUAACAGUGUUGGUAGUAUAUAAGAAGUCUAUUGAGUUUCAUGUCAAAUGAAUUGGGUUAUGAAAAAAAAUUGCAGUUAAUGCUUUUGUGACUCAUUUGUACAGCAUUGUCCAUUUGUCUUGUCCACUUUUGGAUAUACAUGCAUAUUUACAAGUUGCAGACACUGUAUGUUUUGGAAGGUUGUGUAUUUUUCAUGUGCACCAUAAAAGGAAGAGGGUGAAUUCUGCCCAUGGGGCACUAGCUCCGGGCUUCUGUCAGCACUAUACCAUCAGCUUCUAUGACAGACAAACCUAAUCUUCUGCUUGAUGAUUGCUAAUGACCCCUAAGCGUAGUCUUUCAACAACUGCCCAGAACAUAGUAAGCAUGUGAAUGUGAUUAAAAGUUCCAAGGUGGUUACCUCUUAUGGACAACUUUAAAGACAUGGGGCUGUUAAACCCUACUAAAAUACAAAAAUAGCUAAAUACAUGUCCCAUGUUUGCAAACGAAUAAAGUAUAAUUGGUUAACCUUAAAGUCUUCAAACAAUUACUUUUUGUUGUCACACCAUUCGAUCAAUAGGAGUUAUGAUUUCCUACUUUGGUAAAUCGUGGUUCUACCUUUAUUCUUGAAACAAAUUCUGAAGAGUUUUAAUACUCAGAGAAAACAAUGUGUUUUUUCCAUUGGAGACUAUAACCUUUUGAGUGGCAGCUUUGAUGGCAGUGAUUGGCACCACACAUUGCAUGGGGAGGACAAAAGCACUUUAAAAUGUAGAAUCUAAGCAUCUUUCUGAACACAAUCUCUCUGGGAAAUAUUUUCUCUUAAUAUUAAAACUAGUAUCUGUAUCUGCAGGCAGUUUUUACUUAUGCAUUUUAGUCCAAAGUAGGUGUAUAGUGUGGUGGUAAUGUAUUUUGUGGGAACAAGAUCUAGUUUCAGUUGCAUCUAUUUUGUUAUAAAUUCACUUUUUAUAGCCGCCUCUAAAAUAGAAAAGGUUUUGCCAGUGUGUGUUUCAAAUAGAUGUCUCCCUUUUUUCAACAAAUUUGUUGUAUAGUUUAACAAAUCAUGUGCAUAACUAACUAAAAUUUGCAUGAAUACAUACAUAUCCUGUUUUCAUUUUGCUCUGCAAGAUAAACUAGUUAAGUGACUUAUCUGUAUGGCAGACAUGCCUGCAUGACGUAUAUAAAGGUCUUUGCCAAACAAAACGUUAGUGCACAAUGCGUAUCUUUUAUUAUAAAGGGACUAUGAAUGUAUACACAGGUGCACAGACACUAUAAUAAUAAUAAUGCUAUUAAUAUACUAUUUUCACCUACAGAUAUUCAAGCUAUGUCUAAAAUGUAUCUCUAGCUUUGACAGUGUUUUAUUUUUCCAACUGUAUAUAGUUCAAUUUUUUCCCUUUGAGCAGAAUUUUUAAGAAAAAAAUAAUCUUGGUUGGGAUCAAGUACAAAGUUCUGUUUUAUUGUUACAGAGAAAAGGGAAAUCUUUUUUUUUUUUUUUAAAUUGGGUUAUUUGGUUAAAAUGGAGUUUAUUGGAGACGGCCAUAAUUCGGAGCUUUCUGGAUAACGGGUUUCUGGAUAAGUGAUCCCAUACCUGUAGUAUAACCGUUCACAGUGCAUCCAAACAUUUUAUAUCUAGGACAUCUGAUUUGUUCAAGAAUUAUUUAAAAAAUAGAUGCAAUUUAAAAAACCAUUGUUCCAUACAUCUGCUGAAACACUAAUGAGCUUGAUUGGGCCAGAUACAAGCAUCCCUAUUUUCUGUAGGCAAUACUCCUACAAGACAGGAUUUGCAUCUUCAUCACCUGUGCAGCUUUCCUCACUCUGAUGUCUGAAUCAUCCAUCCUUAGAGGGGGAUUUUACUGUAAAUGCUAAUAGUUUCGUUUUGAUUUAUUUAUUUUAACUUCAAAGAGAUUUAAAAAGCAAAGUAAGGUGCAUUAUAUUCCUGAAGCUUUGCAUACUAACAAUAAAAUUUUAAGGCCUGAUUUGCAAAAGUGACAAAUUGAAUGCAAUUAAUCAUACAUUUUAGGUCUUUUAUACCCUACUGCAUGGUUUACAUGGGCUUUGUAUUCUGUACCAUAGCAUGCAAGUGGUACUCUGCAUAAGCUGUGCUUAUAAUUUGUAAUGUAACUUUUGUAAACCAGGCCUAACCAGAAGUGAAUCCAUCAUAGCAUGUAUAUUUGAUCAACAGCAGUUUUGAGCCCAUCGAAAAGUAUAUGCCAUUUUGAGACUACAUGUAAAUAGCCUUUGUGGUGAUAAUAAUACACUGCUAAGUCCAGAACACAAACUGGAUAUAGUAAGGAAUGCGUGCAAUGUAAUCUUAAUGAAAGAACUUUUAGAGGAAAAGCAGCAGAAAAAUGUUACUACAAGGGUUAGCUAUGAAAACAGAUAUGACUGACAGAACAAGACAAAGAUGCAAGCACAAGAACUUAAACAUAUAUACAGCAAAUAUUGCUUGCUGAAGAUAAUGUUACUUCGCACUGUCCAUUGUUUGCAGUCACGCAAUAUUGUAAAUUCAUUUACUCUUCAAAUAAAAAUGUAUCCUUUGGUUAUAAUUUUCUUGCAGUCAUGUGCAUUGGGUAAUGUCCUCUGGGCCUUCCCAGAAAAAUUCUGUGACUCUGUUGUAAUUAUCUGUGAUUGUGUGUUUUAGAUAUAUUGAAUAUUACUGACACAGGCAGAGAUGAGAUCUGACACUCUUCCUGUUCAAAGUCCAUUUUAAGGCUCACUGUGGAAACUUUUUCAUUCCAUUCCUGUUUAUAUUCAAUUUAUGAAGUAAUUAAUGCAGAGUACAACUGACCAGUGAUUUUGAACUAAAGAAAGCUAAUGUCUUAUUGUGUACUUGGAUUGUAUAAAGAAUAAAGAGAUGUCGAAAUAA